AUGGCGCCGAUCGUCCGGAAACCGGGGCUUUGGGUAUCAGCCUGGUUUGCCUUUUCCACCAUCAUCGUUCUGUGGGUAGAUGCUGGUUACUGUUUCAACAGACCGAGGAGUAUGCCUGGAGGCGAUUUGGCCUGGAUAUGGGCUCCAUACAAUAUGGUACCAUAUGCCGCUGUAGACUACAUCUACGGUCUGCCCUCUCUAGAGCGAGGAGAUGGGUUUCCGAACGCCCAGGCCCUGAUGAAUGUAUUCGAGGCGAUCCUCAAUGUCGAAUAUCUCUAUCUCCGCCACUACUCGUCUCGGAAUUCCAAGCUCCAACCUGGGCAGAAGGAGCACAACUAUCAUGGCCAUGCGCCCCUCGUGGGCUUUGCGGCAACCGUCAUGACAUGCUCAAAGACCCUUCUGUAUUUCUGGCAAGACUACUUUUGCGGUUGGUGCUGCACCGGUCACAAUAGCCGCUGGCUCUUCUGGACUAGCUUUGUUGCGCCCAACGUAACAUGGAUCGUCGUACCCGCCAUCGUCGCCACGGCUCUCGGCCGGUUCAUGACCGAAGCGCUUAACCGCGAAUACGCCACUCAGGUCGCUUUCGAGGAGCACACCGCUCUGCGUCAAUCUGUCGCCGCUCCAGCGGACGCCAAGGGAGACGCCAAAGCGCCUUCAGAAGUAACAGAGGCGGAUAUGGUCUUCACCCCGAUCGGGCGGACGUGCAUGGUCGUCGGCCACAACCGGCUAGCGGCGAGUCGGGUACUGUCUCUCUUGGAGGCAGAGGCGGACGUCAUUACCGCGUCGGAACAAGAAGACGAGCUGUCCGAGGAGUUGCGAUACCGGAUCAAGACGGGCCAGAUCGACUAUCUCAAGCUGGAUCCCUUGCUUGAGGGGUCUGGUUGGUCCGCUCUACUCAAAUCUCACCGCGUCGCCCUGCUCUGCGUCACAGACACGCUCAUCGCUUCGUUCCGCCGCUCGGCCCGUUCCGCCGAAUUCAUCGCUAUCGCAGCCUCAUCCCUCAAUAUCCCUCUCAACAUUUCGGACCAACCCCGCCUAUCCACCUUCAACUUCCCCUCCGUACACCGCUUCCCCGGUAUUGCCGGACCCAGCAGCCUCCAGAUUGCGGUAUCGACCAACGGGAAUGGGUGCCGCCUCAACGCGCGGAUACGGCGUGAUAUCGUCUCGCGUCUCCCGCCAGACGUGGGGCGGGCGACCGACCCGGAUACGCCCCUCAACGCGGCAGUGCCUCAGCUGGACACACCAAGUCUGCUGAACCAGGCCGCGUUCGAGUUGCGGGCGGUAGAGACGGAGGACGAGGAUGAGCAGUUGAGGCGGAUGAGAUGGGUGCACCAGAUGAGCGAGUACUACUCGUACGAGGCGCUCGGGCGGAUGGGAGAAGGGGACAUUGAGCGGGCUUUGGGGACGUGGGAGCGCAAGGCUGCAGAUGGGGGAUUGCCGCACCACGAGGGAGCGGUGGAGGGGGCGUCUACUGUGCAGAGGGAAGAGAAGGAAGGAGGGAGGAUCUACCUCGUCGGCUCCGGACCUGGCCAUCCCGGUCUCCUCACCGUCGCCGCCGCCACUAUCCUCCGGACAGCUACCGUCAUCCUCUCGGACAAGCUCGUCCCCGCCGAGAUCCUCGCGCUCAUCCCCAAAACUAUCGAACUGCAUAUCGCCAAAAAGUUUCCGGGCAACAACGAGGGCGCACAGAACGAGAUGAUGGAGCUGGCGCUGACCGCGGCGAGGCGGGGCGAGACGGUCGUUCGGCUCAAGCAGGGUGAUCCGUUUGUCUACGGUCGAGGCGGGGAGGAGGUCCUCUACUUCCGGCAGAACGGAUUCGAAUGUACGCUCAUCCCCGGCGUAUCAUCCGCCCUCGCCGGACCGCUCAUGAUGGGCAUACCGGUCACUCAACGCGGCGUCGCCGAGUCCCUCAUCCUCUGUACGGGCGUCGGGCGGGCUGGCAAGUCUGUUCAGCUUCCCGGAUACGUACGGAGCCGGUCCCUCGCUCUCCUCAUGGGCGUCGCGCGGAUACAGCAGAUCGUCGAUGUCCUCACCAACCCGGCCGGAUCGGGACGCGAUGGCGCCGCCUACCCCCGCAAUCUACCUAUUGCGGUGAUUGAGCGCGCGUCCAGUCCGGAUCAGCGGGCGAUACUGAGUACGCUGGAGCAUAUCGAGGAGGCGCUGAAGAGUAUGGAGGAGAGACCACCGGGGAUGAUGUUGAUCGGAUGGGCGGUCUUGGCGCUGGAAGGGGAAGGGAGAGUGGAUGUGCUGGAUAGGGAAGAAGAAGGGGAUGGAGAGGUUGUGCGGGGCUGGAUGGACGGGCAGAGGUGGAAGGUCAGGGAAGGGCUGGGGAGCGAGUGGGCAAAGCUGGAGGGUAUGGGUGUUGUAAUCUAA